AUGGCGCGCCCAAUCGAGUAUAUCAGUAGCAUUGACGAUUCGAAGGAUUUGUGGAAGGUUGCUGUUAGAUGUAAGCAUCUGUGGUCUGUUACCAGUUCUCAGAAUAGAGAGCACUUAGAGCUUAUUCUGUUUGAUUCAAAGUUGGAUUUGAUUCAAGCCAUUGUGCCAUCUUAUUUGGUAUCAAAAUUCAAAACACAGCUUGAACUUGGUUGUUCCUACAUAAUGCAUAAUUUCAAAGUUUCCAACAAUGAUUUCUCCUUGAAAUCCACUGAUCAUAAGUUCAAAUUGAUUUUCUGUGGUUCAACUUCCGUCAAAAAGGUCAAACUUGCUGACAUACCUCUGAACCACCUCAAGUUAAUUGGAAUAAAUGCUAUUAUUGAGGGUAAAUACAGAACGAAUUUGUUAUAUGAUAUAAUUGGUGGGGUUACUGAAAUAUCCCAAGCCCAGAUAAUUCCUGAUAACAACAAAAGCAAGGUUGUGUUUUCAUUAACUGAUCUGAGCAAACAUCAUGUGCAAUGUACUCUUUGGGGUAAAUUAGCUGUGCAACUGAAUGAGUAUUAUACGACUCAUAAGGCUGAUGGUAGUAUUGUUCUCCUACUUAUGAAUGCAAGGAUCAAGGAACCUCAAGGAAAUUAUCCUUUAAAUGUAUCAAAUGCUUGGAACGGCACAAAACUGCUCAUCAAUGAUUUGUCUAUUGAGGAGGUUAAAAACCUUAAAGAGAAUCUGUCUGAUAUUGCAUAUCUGCAGACUGAAACUACAUGUGUGACUGUUGCGACUCUGGAGAAGUUUGAAUGUGGGCAGUCAGGAUGGUAUUAUGAUGGAUGUAGUGAAUGUACCAAAAGUGUGACUUUGAAGGAUGGAAAAUUCAUGUGUUAUUCCAAACACAUCAGUUCUGAGCCAGUCCCAAGGUUUAAGCUUGAAGUGCGUGCCUCCGAUGGAAAGUUAAAAUACAAGUUCGUAUUUUGGGAUGUAGAUUGUGUAAAGUUGAUUGGGAAGUCCUCCCUUCAGAUGAAGUUGGAUUUGAUGGAGACUGGAGAUUUUGAUCCCCUUGAAUUCCCUUAUGAACUUGAUGUGAUGCUAAAGAAGAAGUUGGCUAUAAGAGCAGUGUUUCAACCAAACAAGGCCAGUCUUUCUGUAAUCGGAUUUAAGGCAGAUGAAGUGCUACGUACCAAAAUAAAGCAGAGGUUUAAAUGUGAAGAGCACACUUCAAAGAUUGUCGUCUCAACAGAUGACACUCGAGAUGAUAUGCAUACAACAUCGUGUACUCCGACCAUCAGCACCUCGGAAAAACAGUCUCAUGAUGAUCCACAAACAGUUUCAGAUCCGUUAUCAAUCACUGCAGAUUAUGACCCUUCAGUUGCCAACUCUGCACUUACACCGUCAAAAAGAUCUAUUCCUGAGACAGUUGAAGAACUCGAUAGUGCCCAACUAUCGUCCACCAAGAUAAUAAGGGACAUCAAGCUGGAGAAAUGA